AUGCCUGUCCUUUGUAGCAGUUACACUAGCAGCUCUGGGAGAAGCUUGGUUUUGAAGGGACAGUUUCACUGUUGUAAGGACACCAAAGUUUAUCAUAGAAAACCUCCCAAGAAUCUGCGUUAUCCACGACGAACCAAGCUUCCCCCUGACUCCUGCCUGAAUGGUCUUAGCUUGGUGUCUAGCCCUUUUGCUGAUGACAUCAUACGAGAUGAUGACAGUUUUGAUAGUCUGGCUUUUGAUGAGGAUGAGGACAAUGUUGAUGACAAGCUCUUUGAAGAAGGAGAAGAAAAUGAUGAAGGGAAUGGAGGAAUUGUAUGGGAACAGGAUGAGAUUGAAGCAAUCUCAUCACUUUUCAAGGGGAGGGUUCCUCAGAAGCCUGGAAGUUUGGAGAGGAGAAGGCCUUUGCCGCUUCCACUUCCUUACAAGAAGAACCCUAUAGGUUUCCCAACUCAGAAAGUGGUUUCUAGAAAAUUAGUUGCCCCUGCAAGGCAAUCUUUGUCAAAUCAAGUGUACAAGAAUCCUUCUUUUUUGGUUGGUUUAGCUAAGGAGAUCAAAGCUCUCCCUCUGGAGGAGAAAAAUGUGUCUUUAGUUCUAGAUAAAUGGGCUCGGUUUCUUCGUAAAGGUUCUUUGUCUAUGACAAUCCGCGAGCUGGGGCAUAUGGGACUUCCAGAAAGAGCUUUACUUGUUUUCUGCUGGGCUCAAAAGCAGCCACAUUUGUAUCCAGAUGAUCGAAUUCUUGCUUCAACUGUCGAGGUGUUGGCCAGAUCGCACGAGUUGAAAAUGCCUUUCAUGUUGCACAAGGAUCAUAGGUUUUUGAACAUGGUGAGUCAGAGUGUCUAUGAGGCCAUAGUGAAGGGCUUUAUCAAAGGUGGAAGUCUGAAGAUUGCCUGGAAGCUCCUUUCUGCUGCUAGGGCAAGUAAUAGAUUAGUGGAUUCAGAAGUGUAUGCCAAGUUGAUUCUUAAGCUCGGGAAAAAUCCAGACAGAGAAUUUCUAGUUACAAGCUUGCUUGAAGAACUUGCAGGAAGAGAGGAUCUCAAUCUAAAUCGCCAAGAUUGUACCGCAAUCAUGAAAGUUUGUGUAAGGUUUGGAAAGUUUGAAAUUGUAGAGGGACUUUAUGAUUGGUUUAAGAGGUCCGGGCAUGUCCCAAGUGUAGUCAUGUACACUACCAUGAUUCAUAGUCGUUAUACCGAGAAGAGAUACAGGGAGGCAUUGGCUAUUGUAUGGGAAAUGGAGGCUGCAAAAUGCCUUUUUGAUCUUCCAGCUUAUCGGGUUGUAAUGAAACUCUUUAUGGGUUUGAAUGAUCUCCAGAGGGGAGCACGCUACUUUUCAAAACUCAAGGAGGCAGGUUUCACUCCAACUUUUGAUAUAUACAUGUGUAUAAUCCAAAUGUAUAUCGAAUCCGGGAGGAUAGCCAAGUGUAAGGAGGUCUGGCUAGAAGCAGAGAUGGCAGGUUUUAAGCUGGAUGAGCAAAUAAGGUCGCAGUUGUUUGAACUGGGAAAUUGA